GUCUUUCUAUAGCCCCAAACCCGUCCCAGUUAGCGUGGAGGGAUUUUAGGUAGGUGACACAGAAACUGGGUAAUGAUGGCAGGUGUGGAGGAGCAGAAUGUACCACUGAGUGGGGGGUCCGGGGGAAACAUGUGGCAGAAAUAGCCUCCCGUUCCACGUGAUCUGCCAAAAUUGAACAUGGGGCAUUUAGCAGGGGUGCCAUGUCAGUUGGGGAACUAUCCUUAGGGGCGCUAACCCAAGUCUCCCUUUCUCCAACCAGCGCACCCUGCCUUCCUCAUCAGAUGGCACUCCCCCGCCACCUUCCUCAGUCAGGUCGUGAUGGCGCUUUGUGACGUCGAAGGCCACCCUUCCCGCCCAGGGCUACCAUUGGCUGGGGAGUGGGGUGCUGACCAAUCACAGCUCAGGGACGUGGUCGCCUAUUGUCCCGAGACCGCGGGAGGGGUAUAUACGGGGACACCAGGCGGCCUGCGGUUGACCGUUGGGAGACGUUGAGCUGUGGAAGAUGAGUCCGAAGCCGGAAGCCUCGGGAUCCCCGGCCGAGCCCAAGGAGACCCAAAAGAGGAAGUUGUCUCCGCAGCAGGACUCCAGCAGCCCGAAGAAGAAGGCUACCCGGGCGGCCAAGAAGGGAAAAGCAGCUCGUGGACGGAGGGGCAAGAAGACACGGGCCGCGAGCAAGAUGGCGGCGGUGGCGGCGGCCCCUGAGGUGGGGAGCGGGCCAGCGGCCCCCGGCCCCAGUGACCAGCCCAGCCAGGAGGAGCUCCCUCAGACUGCUGCUCAACGCUGUGGAAGCAGCACCGUAUUAGACACUGUACGAGGACUGAAGAGGCAUUCGAGACACAUCCCCUGCUUUAGGGACCACUUCCUAGCUGCAUUCAUGACAGGAGUCAUGUUUCUGUGA